GUGUGUGUGUGUUGAGUCUCUUUUGCCAUCGCCCGUCACUUGACUCGAACGCUUUUGCAUUCCUCAACUCCUCUCCUGCAACUGCUUUCUCCAUCCUCCAAAUAUCCGCAUUACAUUGUCUCGCGUCCGAAUUCUCAAAAGCAACACGUAGUAGUACUCUAUCUCUCAAGCUUCAUAUCCAACUUCUGUCUUGGUCCCAUUCGUUCGUACUUUAUCUUACACUUGGAUUGCUAGAUUUCUUGAUUACUCUAUCACCUCUCUUCUCUCUCUCUCUCGAUAUGGUCUCCACGCGUCGCACACCCUCUCGACUCGACUCGAUACCUCAAGGCUUCACAUUGGUAUCGAAGGCGCCUCUGAAAUCUGCUCAAUCGAAACGCGUCGGCUUACGACCUCGAUCUCUUCACUGCGACGUUUCUGAACCUGAAGCAUCUUCGGACAUAUGCACAUCCGAUACUAUCGCCUGGUCCAGUUCACCCCCUCCCUCCCCAAAGAAAAGAACCUUACGCUCCUCAAAACCUUGCAAAAACAAUGGAUCGGUCGGUUUCCCAGAAGCUACUCCGCUUCCCAAGUCGCACAGUAUGGCAUCUUGUGUUCAAGAGGCCGGCUCACCCGUCCGAAAACGCUUGAGAGCCAUCGAAAAUAUCCAAACCAGAUCCGGCAUCUCUAAAUCUCGCUCUCAGCCCCAAAGCCUAUCGAAAAAUUUGACUUCGUUAUGUGACAAACUAGUGGUAGAAACUCCGAAAAACAACCCCAUACCUUUCAAGACUUUUGCCGGGUUUUCCAACGUGUUUGCUCAUGCUCGUCAUCUGCUCAAACUCUCAUCCACGGAUAUCAUCUCUUGCGAUGAUUUUUUAGGGCGUUCCAAAGAGCUACACAAACUGAAGAAGUUUCUUUCAGAGCGUUACCCCAGCUUAACGAACCUCGGCCAAGCUCCUGUGGACUCGUCCAGUACUCACGCUAAUUCCUCCUCCGGAAGCCUCUACAUUUCCGGACCGCCUGGGACCGGUAAGACUCACAUGAUCAAAUCAGUUUUGUUGAACCAGGACCACGUAGUUGGACGCGCACUCAACAUGGCUGGGGUUCAAGUCCAUUUCAUCAAUUGCGUUGCCCUGAAUACUUCUACUGGAGCUACCGGCUUAUCUUCCGGGACUGGAUCAAACGCACUGGACGAACAAUUGUGGAAUCACGUAGCGGCUUGCCUUGGGAUCGCCCGCUCUGCUUCCACGAAUGGCAAACAUCUCACGUCACGUGCUUUGGUCGAAACACACGUCAUGGAAAAUAAAGUUUUGCCAAGCCUGAUCAUCUUGGACGAGAUCGAUUACCUGGCCGCCUCCAAGCUUCCUUUGAUUACCCCGCUCUUGUCGUUGUCUCAACGGUCGCCCAAUGCCAAUUUUACAAUUGUCGGAAUUGCAAACACCUUGGACCUAACCACUCGACUCGUCAAAUCUUCUGCGUCUUCAGCAAAUAACACCCACCUCGAACCCCAAUUGAUCCACUUCACGUCGUUUGAGUCGACCGACUUGGUCGAUAUUGCUAAACAACGUUUGAGACAUCUUUACACAUCUUACGCCCAGUCAGCUGGUCCCGGUUGGCCCGUAUCCACACCUCAAAAGCUGUUUGCCUGUUCUACACCCGACGUCUCUUCGAACCAAGACGCGACUUCGAUCCCUCUGUUUCACCCGGCUGCACUCCAGCUCUGUGCGAAGAAGGUGGCCGCGGUGACCGGGGAUUUGCGAACUUUCCUUUCCAUCCUGCGUAAGUUGGUCGACUCCUUGGAGCAGAACGCGAUCCGUAACAGUCAGUUUCUGGAGCAAUCGUUGGGAACUCAAAAGUCGGUUCUCGACACGCCUACCAAGAUGCGCAAGUUCACAAGGAUCAUUUCAACCUCUCAACUGGCGCCUGAUCUGGGUGGCCGAUGCUCUGAAAACGAGUGGUCCAAGGCAAAGACUAAGGACCCAUGUAAUCAUUUCACUCCCAACACUGCCCCCAAAAUCUCACCCAGCGAUGUUGUCAAAUAUCUCAAGACCAGUGGGAUAUUAGAAUCACCUACGUUUAAUACCUCCCAGGCCGAAUGUUUGAAAAAACUUCAAGAUCUCAACCUUCAUCAAAGCUUAGUUCUAGUUUGUCUUUGCGUCGCAUGGUCUCGAGAGCAAGAUGAGACGAAUAAUGUAGGCUGUGGAGUGACACGAAGCCAAGCCUAUGAAAUCUAUCGAGACUGUCUGAAGCCGGGCGAUGGAUACGGUAGCCGGAACAGCUUCAACGUUGGCAUCAACCCGGUGAGCGAGAGUGAAUGGGCCGACUUACUUGAGUCUGGGCUGCAGACCCGAGGAUUAGUGAGCUGUCUGAACGAGCGCCCCGGGCUAUCCCGUCCAUCGACCCCGUCCACCUCUCAUAACAACCCCGGCCCCUCGCCAUUCAAGUCGCCCAGCAAACGUAAACAGGGCGCCUUCCAACGCUCGGCGCUCUGCACACCCACCAAGCUCAAGCCGAUCGGCUUCAACUCGCCCCACUCGUCCCACAGACUCUCGACACCCGCCAAAUCCGUUGCCAACGAUCGUGGUGCUGGCCAAGCCCUCCUGGCCCCUGUCCAUUCCAUCUCCGUCCUCAUCCAAGCCGUCCAAUCCUUGGCCAAUCAAUCAUCUCAGACCCCCCUCGAUGACGCUCCUCGCUUCAGCCCAGAGAUCAUUAGCAUCCUUAAUCAGUUGCUGCUCUCUGAAGAGAAACGCGCUCGAGUCCUCAAGAAACGCAAGGCCGCUCACUUGGAUCAAGCCGAUACUCUCGGCCGAAAGGCCGCCUUCUCUCGCCUUGAUGACGACGACCUCGACCAGGAAAAUCUCGUCAAUCAUCGCUUGGUUACUGUUGAAGAUGAAGGAAGCUGUAGAGAUUGAUUGAUUUUUUUUUCUGUUUUCUUUUCUUUGGUUUAAUUAGAAGUCUCUGUUCAGCUCUCUGUGUGCCUUUCUGUGUUGUACAAAGUUUCUUUCUUGAGUCCGUCAUGGAUUGUUGGACUUUUUAUUAUUAUUAUUACUACUACUAACCCUGGAUAACCGUCUUUCUCUUGUCCUUUUAUCUUUUUAUCUUUUUUUUUCUCUCUUCUUUUCUUGGGUUAAUCAACAGUGCCGUCCAGUCCUUCAUUGGUAACAAGUAUCGUUCCAACAAAGUGUAUAUUUUUGAUAGUGAAAUCUUGG